AGACGAGGCAAGAUCCGUGACUGAAGAAGAAAAUGUCGGCGUACAUGUCACCGGCUCGUUGAGAAAAUGCCUCAACAGGAAGACGCGAGACCGAAAGACUUUUCCACGAGCGCGUUUCGGACGUUAAGCAACUCCUCAACCUGCACUUUACUUCUUACAGUCACAGCUUUCGUCUGAUAAGGUACAAGUUCGUUUGGUUAUAGGCACUAAAAUCGUCUAGUAUCAUUCAAUGUUGUCUCAAAACACACAUUGAAAUACCCGGUAACCCUCCUCGCGACAUCAUUUGUAGCUUUGGGCAAUUCGGUACAUUUCCGGAAAAUGGCCUCCAAUGGUCGGCACAACAGUGGCGUCCAGCUUGCGGUCCCUCCCAGAUGGCUCAACUGUCCCAGAAAAGGUGAAAUCAUAGCGGAUAUAUUUCUUCCCUUCAAAACUCCGCUCGGUGACGAGUACGACAGUCAACUACCCGAAGCCCACCGCUUCCCUCCUUCCAUGCUGUUAACAGUAUUCGCUCGAUACAAGAUGCAGAUGGGUUUGUGGAUUGACCUUACAAACACCAACAGGUUCUACGACAAAAAGCACGUGGAAUGUGCUGAAAUCACGUACGUGAAGCUGCAGUGUCGCGGACACGGCGAAUGUCCAUCAUCUGAACAAACUCGAGUUUUCGUUGAUAUAUGCCGCCGCUUCAUUGCGCAACAUCCAAAACAAGUCAUUGGGGUUCACUGCACUCAUGGCUUCAACCGAACAGGAUUUCUCAUAGCUUCCUUCUUAGUGGAGGUGAUGUCUUGGAGCAUUGAAGCUGCUGUCAAAGCCUUCGCGAAGGCUCGUCCUUCGGGGAUUUACAAGGACGACUACUUGCGCGAACUGUUCAGGCGCUAUGGCGAUAUCGAAGACACUCCGCCGCCGCCGAUGAUUCCGGACUGGUGCCACGACGAUGAUUCGGCUGAUGUAGAUGAUGAUGUACAGCCUUUGGACGAAAAAACGCAAGGCGAAGAUGAACGUCCGGGCAAGACCCGCCGGAACAAAGAUUUCCGAAAGGGAGUCCCCGUGUUCAUGGAAGGCGUACCUGGUACGAUUGCAAUAACGGCGGAGCCAAAGCUAAGUGAAAUUCAACGGAGAUGCCAGGAUAUGUGUCAGUGGAAGAAAUCAGGUUUUCCAGGAAGCCAACCGGUCUCCAUGGAUUUAGACAACUUGGAUUUACUGACGCAGAUGCCAUAUAAAGUAAGCUGGAAGGCAGAUGGGACGAGGUACAUGAUGCUUAUCGACGGCGAGGGUGAAGUAUACUUUGUAGAUCGAGACAACUGCGUGUUUCGUGUGUCAGAAGUGCAGUUCCCAAGACGAAAACAACCUACUGCGCAUAUCCAGGACACACUGGUCGACGGUGAGAUGAUAAUCGAUAAAGCGGACGGCAGGGACGUUCCGCGUUACCUAAUCUACGACAUUGUCAGGUUUGAAGGGAAAGAAGUUGGCAAGGCAGACUUCGGCGUACGCCUUCUGUGUAUCGCAAGGGAGAUAUGCGAACCGAGGAAGCGAGCAAUGCAAGAGGGUCGCAUCAGUCGGGUCCAAGAACCUUUUGGAGUGCGCCAGAAACAAUUCUGGGACAUCACUUGCGCAGAGUCUCUUUUGGGAGAGAAAUUUGCGAGAAAUAUGUCACACGAGGUCGACGGACUCAUAUUUCAGCCGGUACCUGAAGAGUACACAUGUGGCAGGACUGACACGGUGCUCAAGUGGAAACCGCCCCAUCUAAAUUCCAUUGACUUUAGGCUUAAGAUAGUCCGGGAAGAAGGUCUGGGUCUGUUACCCAGGACCGUGGGGCAUCUCUACGUGGGGUCGUAUGAUUUACCUGUUGCAAACAUUAAAAUCACGAAAGCGAUCAAAGCGCUGGAUAAGAAAAUCAUCGAGUGCAAGUACGAGGAUAAGCAAUGGGUGCUACUGCGUGAGAGGACUGAUAAGUCUUUUCCCAACAGUUAUACAACGGCCAUGGGAGUGAUGAAGAGCAUUAUGCAGCCUGUGACUAAGGACAUUCUUCUUGGUUUCAUCAGAGACAAUCGGUGGCAGGGGCCACGACGGAAAAGGAGACUUUCUGGGGAUUCACUUGAUCUAGAUUAACGUCACCGUCAAAGCUAUAUCGUUCGAUGUGACGUCGCCUGCAAUGGAACCGUAGACGAAUCCUUCGCACCUGCAUGAGAGAGCAAAUUUCCACCACUCUGUAUUCUCAGUGUCUGCACCGCCAAUUUGGUCGUUGUCGUCCAUAAAGGUUGCAUCACGCCCUGA